AUGGAAGAUAGGGAAAGUAGGAAUGCGAGAGCAUACGGAGAGUCGUCUAGAAGGGUCGAGAAACGGUCAUUUCAAGAUUUCCCUCUAGUUCCACCAACAGCCAGUCCUUCAGAGGUACCAAAAUCUGGCCUUUCGGUAGGGCAAGCGUCGCAGCGACCGUCUCGACGUUCUUUGCAGGCUUCAGGCACAAUUCAGAGCCCAAAAACGCCCUAUACGGCCGAAGGAAUCCCUACGCCCAUUCUAUCUAACCCGACAGGUGAUCAAUUAUAUUCAUCGCAAGAACUGCAGCAAAGUAGUGCUAAGGAUGAUUUUGAUUCGGUUCAAGAGGUCAAUAUUGCCGUGUUAGGCUGCUCACAUGUAGGCAAAUCUACCUUCAUGCAAUGCGCACUCGAUUCGAAGAAGCAGGUCUUUUCCCCUGUGCUCAGUAAGAAGGUUUCCCUUGAGGGAUCGAUAUCGAUUGUGUGCCUGAUUGAGAUGGACAUCAAAGACGUCGAAGUUCAAAAUGGGAGCCUUCAAUGGCCGAAGAAGGUCAAAGAUUAUUUAUUACCACGAAUCGACGGUUCUCUAAUACUGUUCGAUAUCACAAAUCUGAAUAGUAUCGAGAUGCUCCCAAGAGCCGUUUCCGCACUCGGUCGUGAUUCCAUACCUACAGUCCUCGUCGCUUCCAAGUGUGAUACCUCACCUAAGAGCUGGAGAGUAACCCCACGGAUGGUCGAUUCCAUGGUGAAAGACAACAAGGAUAUUCAAUCGUUUCAGACUGCUUUGUGCACACCUGAGACUCACAAACGAUGCAUCUCCAUUAUGCUCCGCAACGUUAUACUGCAAAGACACGGAGACCCUUGUGCGCCUCAGCGAAACCACCGUCCGCGUGCUGCGACCUCAUCGCAGCCUACUAGUCCCCUGAAAAUAGCGCAAAACCCAACAUCGAGAAGCAAGCAUGGCCGCGCAGCUUCAGAAUUACCUGAGAACGUGCCAUAUGAAUCCUUCAAUAUACCCAUCAGGAACUCAGAGCCCAUCAGACGCCCAGUAUCUCCGUCGAAAUUUCUGCACUCGGCGAAAGACGAGAAAGCAACGGAGCUUGAUCAUCGUCAAGCAAAUUUCACUGCCAUAGCUCCUUCAGAUCGGCCCGAUGACCAUGGUGAGGACUUUAUAUUUUCGUCCGAGUCGAAACAAGUACUUAUGAAUGUUUUAAUAGCAUCAAGAACGAACAGCACGCAAAGUGAUAGCACUGAGGCUGUGUCGCACACCAAUGAUUCUUCACUCUCGGAUCUUAGCCAAAAGGAUUCUCUACUGACUUCCCAUCAAUCUCGCCCAGAAUCAGAUCAAGACCAGUCGUCCGAUUUAGGAGUGCCGUUCGAGAACCUAGUCGAUCGAUUGCUGGCUCCACCAAUGUCAAAGCAGGACACAAAAUUUGUGGUUGCAUUUUUGUGCUUGUAUCGCAUAUUUGCCGCACCCUCGGAGCUUCUAGCUGCAAUUCUAAAGCGGUUCGAGGGAUUGCCGGGCGAUGAGAUGCCCCAAUUGGUUCGAUUGACAAUGCAGCUGAGGUAUCUCAACAUACUUCAGGAAUGGAUUUCAGAAUAUCAGGGCGAUUUCGCACACCCUGCAACUCGCCAUGUGAUCACGACCUUUGUACACUCACUAUCAAUGAACCCGGAAUUUGCAACAGCACACCAAGAGAUUAGUAUUGUUCUGGAAGCCGUGGGCGAAGAUGAUGAUGCAGAAUGGGCCUAUUCCGACCAGGCUCGGAGUCGUGCGAGCACCAUUGAGAGCUUCCUUAGCAGCUCAUCAACCCAAACCGCUACGUCGACAAUAACCGCCGAGUCAUCCGCGGAGGAAAUUAACGACACCAGGAAUCCUGAAAAGCCCAUUCACGGGCAUUCGGUUCGCCAUCCGACAAAUGGGCCGGUAGUUCCAUCCUUGGAAUCUUCGGGUAGCCCAUCAACAAAUCUCAAUUCUCGGAUGCUUCUCAAUCGAGUGGCAGACGCGCGUGGCCAAGCUCAACGUCUGAGACCUUCCCCUCGCUUUAGCCUUGACAAGAUUAGGUGGCACCAAGUGAUGGACCUCUCUAUCGAGAACAUCGCAUUCGAAUUGACUCGUAUUGACUGGGUACUUUAUACCUCUAUUCGACCGCGAGACCUCAUACGCCACGUCAGCUUGAACACAGAGCGGAAACAAAGAUGCAAGAGUUUAGAAUUUGUGAAUGCCAUGAUCGAUCACUUCAAUCAUAUCGCUUUUUGGGUCUCGAGCAUGAUUUUGAUUCGUGAUAAACCGAAACAUAGGGCAUUAAUGCUAGAGAAAUUCAUGGCAAUAGCUUGGAGGCUUCGCCAACUAAACAAUUAUAAUUCACUUGGAGCCAUCAUCGCAGGAAUUAAUGGCACAGCAGUACACCGCCUCGUGCAAACCCGAGGCUUAGUUCCUCCAGAGAAAGUAAAACAGUAUUGGCGCCUUGAGAUAUUAAUGGCGCCCGCUAAGAGCUACUCAGCUUAUCGACUUGGCUGGCGGAACACGUCUUCUCCGCGCAUACCAUUUGUGCCCCUUCACCGGCGAGACCUCGUUUCUGCAGAAGCUGGCAACAGGACGUUCAUACGAACCGAAAACGGUGAACGGAUCAAUUGGAAGAAAUUUGAAAUCAUGGGAGAUGUCGUCAUUGGGAUCCGUGAAAGCCAGGGGCUUCCUUAUCCAGCGCUCUGUAGAAAUGAGGAGGCUCAGCAACUGAUAUUGAACGGAAAGUUUUCCAAGGAUGACGACGUAAGGGAGCCUCAUCAACCUACGUGA